AUGUUCUCUUUUUCACGUGCCUCGCCGUAUUACAGUAUUUCGCCAACGCUUACGGGUGAACAAAACCUACUGAUGUUGAAUCCCGGUUUGAGCAGUGUUCCGCCACCUAAACAUAACAGUCCCAUAACGCGUGUUACGACAUUUGAAAGCAAAUAUAAGAAAAACUACUUAAAUUAUAUGAAAGAAUAUUUAUCUCACUACACGCCCGGAUCAUCAAAUUGUGACUUCGGUACUGGACAGAGAUUGUCCGGAACCAUUCACAAUUCUUGCAAAUUUCCACUUGAAUUACUUGGACCAUGUUUAGACCCUGAAAAUUAUAUUACUCAUACUGACAAUGCCUGCUUUUAUCUCAAACUCAACAAGAUCUUUGGAUAUGUUCCAGACAUUGAGGGUAACAAGAUUACAGUGAGAUGUAAAGCUAAGCUUUCUCGAGAUUCGGAUCACCUUGGACAGCCAGUUUACUACCCUUCUGUUGAAGCUGAUAAUGAAACUCUUGGCUACUUCUCUUCGGCUCCCUUUCCAUACAUUCGUCAGUCAGACUAUCAAACCCCUCUCCUUGCUGUCACGUUCCCGAAUAUCAAACGCAACCAGGUGAUUGGAGUAUCUUGUGUGUCCACUAAUCUUCCUGAUCACACUGCCUAUAGCUUUGAGGUCUCCGUCGACACUAAUGAGACCAUUCCCGUAAAAGAAAAUUCAAUCUUUACCAACAUGCUUAUUUAUUAA